UUCGGGAGUUACAGCGCCAAGACGAACCUCUCAGUGAUUGCAGACACCCUCUCAGCUUCCAUGGCACCCCAGGUCCUUACCCACUCUGAAGGGGAUGCAGUGGAGCUCACUUGCGAGGUGUCCAAGUCCACCACCCAGCACACACAUCUCUCUGUUGGCUGGUACCAUCUUCAGGGAGCAGGAGAGCACCGUGCUGAGGAGGUCCUCAUCCUCUCCAAGGACUUCGUCCUGAGGCCAGGGCCCUCUUAUGAUCACAGGUUUCUGGUGGGGGAUGUGCAGCUACACAAGGUUGGGGACACCACAUACAAGCUUUUCAUUGCGGGGGUGAAGCCAUCUGACCAGGGGCAGCUGUACUGCGAGGCAGCCGAGUGGAUUGAGGAUCCUGAUGAGAUGUGGAAGGACAUCUCCCGCAAGCAAACAGAGAGGACGUCGCUGGAAGUCAUGAGCCAGGGCAGAGACCUUUCUGUAGCCAUCGCUGCUGCUGAGAGCUCCCUUUCUGAAGGGGAUACCUUGAAGUUAACUUGCACAGUGGAAGCCCAGAAGAGCAGCAGCAGGCACUUCCAAGUGACUUGGUUCUUUGGCAGUGUGGAAGUGGCCAGGAUUGACCCGCAUGGGGUAUUGGUUUGGGAGGAAGAAUACGAGAAGAGAGCCAAGCUGGGGCAGCUCCAAGCGUUCAAGCCAAGCAACACAGUUUAUGUCCUCAACAUCUAUGAGGUGGGACUGAAGGACAAUGGUAUAUACCGCUGCUCCGUGUCGGAAAUGAAGACUUCUGGAGACUUUUACAGCACCCAAACCAAUAUGUCAUCAGACAUCCAAGUCAAUGUGAAGCUGAUAGAGAAUCGCAUGCACCUGUCUGUGUCCACCAGCACACCACAGGUCGUGGUGGGAGAUGCCUUGAUCCUCCAUUGUGAGGUGCAAGGAGCGACUGGCCCUGUGUCUGUGAGUUGGUGGCACCUGCCACCACAGCACCCAGGUCCCAGGGUGCUGGUGGCCACCAUGGAGCAGGAUGGCACCCUGAACCUGGGCAGGACCUACCAGGACAGCAGGACACGGGGGAGCCUUCGGCUGGAGAAAGCAAGCUCUGGCACUUUCACCCUGGUGAUCCCAAACACAUUGGAUGAGGAUGAUGGUGGGCAGUACAGGUGUGAAGCAACAGAGUGGUCCCAAAGCCAGAGCUGGAGGGAGGAGGGGGAGACAACAGUGGCAGUCAACUCCAUGGGUCCUGGUCUGCACGCCACACUGAGAAGCCGAAUUGCCGCUGUCAGAUUUGGGCAGAGUUUUGAACUCAUCUGCCAAGUGAGUGCCAACUACACCCUUGAGGAGGUGCCAGUGUCUGUGCAGUGGAUCUUCCAACCCAGCCCACCUACUGGACCCCACCAAGAGCUAGUCCAGGUCUUUCCCAAUGGCACCAUGGCCUGGGGGGCAGGACAGCAACACUUUCAGAGGAAAGCCCAGCUGAUGAAGUCCACCACCUCCUUCAGCCUGCACAUCCACAGUGCCACGACUGCCAACGAGGGGACGUACCAGUGUGAGGUGGAGGUCUGGAGGAGGAACAUCCUGCCUGUGGGGCAGCCAGCGGCCAUCACCAGGUCCAAUGUUGUGGGGAUAAAGGUGAUGCUGCCAGAAAGCAAGCUUCAGGUAGAUACAAAAGACAGCUCUGUGGAGAUUGCCAGCGGUGCUGACACGACCAUUGAGUGCAGGAUUGUGUUUGCCCAGAGUAAUUCACAGUUUGCUGUUACCUGGUACCUCCUGCGUCCUCUGGCAGAUGCAAUCCCCCUGCAAAUCGUAAGGGCUGACUACAGCAGCAUACUGGAAUAUGGGUCUGAAUUCAGGUCUCCUGCAAAAAUGUCCCGGCUCCUGAGCCAGAGGGUGUCCAGCAACAUAUUCCAGCUGCACAUUCUGUCCAUGGACCCCGGGGACCAGGGCAGUUACUACUGUGUGGUAGAAGAAUGGCUCUGGCUGGUGGAUAGCUGGUACAAACUUGGAGAGGGAACAUCGGGAAGGACCACACUGGAGUUCAAGCUCCCAGAGCAUGAACUGCAGAUGGAGAAAACCAACCACAGCAUCUCAGCGAGGGAGGGUGAGGAGGUGACGCUGCACUGCUGGCUACAGGGUGCCCACCUGUCUAACACCCAUCUCUCAGCCACCUGGUUCCAGGUGAAGAAGAGUGGCGGUAACAGUUCCCUGCUCACCCUCCACUACGACGGCACCAUCGAGUACCCCCAGGAGAGCCUGGCAGGAAGGCUGUACCUCCGCCGCCCCUCUGCUGGCAACUUCAGCCUGACACUGACAAGUGUAGAGAGGGAUGAUGCUGGGCUGUAUUACUGCCAGAUGCAGGAGUGGCAACAGCAAAGCGAGGGGAAGGAGUGGGCUCUGCAAGCCUUGGGGCACUCAGGGUACACCGAGCUCACUACCAUCCCACAAG